AUGGCGGCCCCAAUGUUGAACCAGCCCAACGGCCUCCUUGCCAACAUGUUCGCUGCGGGUUUGCUGGAUGAUCAGUUCCAGGAGCUGCAGAUGCUCCAGGAAGGGAGCGCCCCAGACUUCAUCGUCAAGGUUGUCUCACUCUUCUGCGAGGACGGCGAGCGUAUCAUCGGCGAGAUCGCCAAGCUGCUGGACAAGCCAUGUGUGGACUAUGACAAGGUGGGUGGUUUUGUGCAUCAGCUCAAGGGAAGCAGUGCAAGAUCCGUCAAAUAUCAUAUGUUCCGCACACAUCAAGCGGCUCAAAGAGUAGCACUUCACAUCGUGGGGCUCUUCCAAUUAAUUCGUCUUGGUGCUCAGAGAGUGAAGAACAGUUGCAUUCAGUUCCAACAGUGUUGUCAGGAGAAGAGCAGAGAUGGGUGCCUGAACUCACUGCAAUCUGUGAGGAACGAUUUCUAUGAUCUGUGCAGCAUGUUCAAACCACAUGCUUCAGCUGUGCCAGCAGGUCCAGGCCUUAAUCCUAAAGUAUAG